UUCUCCUCAGCAGCGGCAGCAGCUACUACUCCUUGUGAGGCAAAGAAGCCGCCUCACUUGCCGCCAUUACAGGCCUCGCUCGCUCUCUUCCGUCUCUUCCCUCACCGCGCAGGGACCGAGGGAAGGAAGGAAGGAAGGAAGAGAGAGAGAGAGAGGGAGAGGGAGAGGGAGGGAGGGGAACAUGGCGCCGCCUCCUUCUCCUCCCGCUGCCGCCUCGGGUCCUUCUCCGCCCCGCCCCGAGAGCCCGGCCCGGACCCGCUGCGGAUCCGGGGGAAAUGCUGUCUAUCCAGUUGUGAGGACCAGUGACAUUUGAGCUGCCGCCGGUGCACGCAGCAUGGGAACAACCAUCUUCUCUGCUCUGGCGAUCAUUCACCUGGAUUGCUAAUAGUCACCCAAUCAUUUUUGAGAUUGUAUGGAAGUACAGCAGACACUAAUACCCUACGAAGCAGCCAAGUGUAACAGGAUGUUUGGACGAUGAUGAUGGCAAGGAAGCAAGAUGUUCGCAUUCCCACCUACAACAUCAGUGUGGUGGGGUUGUCUGGGACAGAAAAAGAGAAGGGGCAGUGUGGCAUUGGGAAAUCCUGCCUGUGCAAUCGGUUUGUACGGCCCAGGGCAGAUGACUUCCAUUUGGACCACACUUCAGUUCUCAGCACCAGUGACUUUGGAGGACGAGUUGUUAACAAUGACCACUUCUUGUACUGGGGGGAAGUUGUGCGUUCUUUGGAGGACUGUGUGGAAUGUAAAAUGCAUAUUGUGGAACAGACUGAAUUUAUUGAUGAUCAAACUUUCCAGCCUCACCGCAGCACAGCCCUGCAGCCCUACAUCAAAAGGGCUGCUGCAACUAAACUUGCAUCAGCUGAAAAGCUCAUGUACUUUUGCACUGAUCAGCUUGGGCUGGAGCAGGACUUUGAACAGAAGCAGAUGCCGGAUGGGAAGCUCCUGAUAGAUGGCUUUCUUCUCUGCAUUGAUGUCAGCAGGGGUAUGAACAGGAACUUUGACGAUCAGCUCAAGUUUGUUUCAAACCUGUACAAUCAACUCACAAAAACGAAAAAGCCCACUGUGGUAGUUCUGACAAAGUGUGAUGAAGGCGUGGAGCGGUACAUUAGAGAUGCGCACACUUUUGCCUUAAGCAAAAAGAACCUCCAGGUGGUUGAGACGUCUGCCAGAUCCAAUGUGAAUGUUGACUUGGCUUUCAGCACUUUAGUGCAGCUGAUCGACAAAAGCAGGGGCAAGACUAAAAUUAUCCCUUACUUUGAGGCUUUGAAGCAUCAGAGCCAACAGAUUGCUGCUGCAAAAGAUAAAUACGAGUGGCUGGUGAGCCGCAUUGUCAAAAAUCACAAUGAGACUUGGUUGAAUGUCUCACGGAAGAUGCAGUCCUCUCCAGAGUAUCAGGAUUAUGUGUAUCUGGAAGGGACACAGAAAGCCAAGAAGCUCUUCCUGCAGCACAUUCAUCGCCUCAGGCAAGAGCAUAUAGAGCGCAGGAGGAAGAUGUAUCUUGCUGCUUUGCCCCUUGCUUUUGAUGCCCUCAUUCCAGACCUUGAUGACAUAAAUCACUUGAGCUGCAUAAAAGUGGAGAAACUGUUGGAGACUAAGCCAGACUUCUUAAAGUGGUUUGUUGUUCUUGAGGAGACUCCCUGGGAUGCCACCAGCCAUAUCGACAACAUGGAGAAUGACCGCAUUCCAUUUGAUCUGAUGGAGACCCUGCCUGCACAGCAGCUCUAUGAAGCUCAUCUAGAAAAGCUGAGGGAUGAAAGGAAAAGGGCAGAAAUGAGAAGGGCCUUCAAAGAGAAUUUGGAGACUUCACCUUUCAUAACACCAGGAAAACCUUGGGAAGAGGCUCGCAGUUUCAUCAUGAAUGAGGAUUUUUAUAUGUGGCUUGAAGAGUCUGUCUACAUGGAUAUUUAUAGCAGACAUCAAAAGCAAAUUAUAGAAAAGGCUAAGGAGGAAUUUCAAGAGCUGCUUCUAGAAUAUUCAGAGCUCUUCUAUGAACUGGAGCUGGAUGCCAAACCCAGCAAGGAGAAAAUGGGUGUCAUCCAGGAUGUGCUGGGUGAAGAGCAAAGAUUUAAAGCAUUACAAAAGCUACAAGCUGAGCGAGAUGCUCUGAUCUUAAAACACAUUCAUUUUGUGUACCACCCAACAAAGGAAACCUGUCCCAGCUGUCCAGCUUGCAUAGAUGCUAAAAUUGAGCACUUGAUAAGUUCCAGGUUUAUAAGGCCAUCAGAUCGCAAUCAGAAAAACUUGCUUUCAGAUUCCAAUAUAGAUAGAAUCAACCUAGUCAUUCUUGGUAAAGAUGGACUCGCACGUGAAUUAGCAAAUGAGAUUCGAGCUCUUUGCACGAACGAUGACAAGUAUGUGAUAGAUGGGAAAAUGUAUGAACUCUCUUUGAGACCGAUAGAGGGUAACGUCAGACUUCCUGUUAAUUCUUUCCAGACACCAACAUUUCAGCCACAUGGUUGCCUCUGCCUUUAUAACUCUAAGGAAUCUCUGUCUUAUGUUGUUGAAAGUAUUGAAAAGAGUAGGGAGUCUACCCUUGGCCGAAGGGACAACCACUUAGUUCAUCUUCCUUUGACGCUGAUUCUAGUGAAUAAGAGAGGAGAUACCAGUGGUGAAACACUACAUAGCUUAAUACAGCAAGGACAGCAAAUUGCCAGUAAGCUACAAUGUGUGUUCCUUGAUCCUGCUUCUACUGGCAUUGGAUAUGGGCGUAAUAUUAAUGAAAAGCAAAUCAGUCAAGUUUUGAAAGCCUUGCUAGACUCGAAGCGCAACUUAAAUCUUAUGAGCUCAACAGCAAGUAUUAAAGAUCUGGCUGAUAUUGACUUGCGGAUUGUUAUGUGCUUGUUGUGUGGAGAUCCUUUUAACGCAGAUGAUAUUCUUCUACCUAUUCUUCAGUCCCAAACCUGUAGGCCUUCCCAUUGUGGAAGUAGCAAUUCUGUGUUACUUGAAUAUCCCAUAGGACCACACAAGAGGCGCAUAGAACUCUCCUUGCUUUCAUACCAUUCCUCAUUUAGCAUUAGAAAAAGCUGGUUGGUCCAUGGCUACAUUUUGUUUUAUUCGGCAAAACGUAAAGCAUCUUUGGCUAUGUUACGUGCCUUUCUUUGUGAAGUGCAGGAUAUUAUUCCUGUUCAGAUAGUGGCACUCACUGAUGACUCAAUAGAUGUUCUAGACAAUGAUUUAAGUAGAGAACAGUUAACUGAAGGAGAGGAAAUUGCCCAGGAUAUAGAAGGAAAGUUUGCAACCAUCCCUUGUAGUCAGCCUCGACAUAAACUAGAGAUUUUUCAUCUGUUUUUCAAAGACGUAGUCGAGAGAAAAAACAUAAUUGAGGCCACUCACAUGUAUGAUAAUGCUGCUGAAGCCUGCAGUACUACAGAAGAAGUGUUCAAUUCUCCCCGGGCUGGCUCACCUCUUUGCAAUUCCAAUCUUCAGGAUUCAGAAGAAGAUAUUGAGCCUCCAACCUACAGCCCUUUCAGAGAGGACACGUCCAUACCCACUUUGUCCAAAGAUCUUUCUAAACUUUCCAUGGAACUGGAGGGGAAUGAUGGUCUUUCUGUCUUUUCUGUUAUGAGCACUUUUGAAAGCAAGUUGAACAACAAAGUACCUCCGCCAGUGAAACCAAAGCCCCCUGUCCAUUUUGAUAUCACAAAGGGGGAUCUCUCUUAUUUGGAUCAAGGGCAUAGGGAUGGACAGAGGAAGUCUGUGACUUCUAGUAGCUGGCCACCUACAGAUGGCUUUGACCCUUCAGAUUAUGCAGAACCCAUGGAUGCAGUAGUAAAACCAAGAAAUGAGGAAGAAAAUAUCUACUCUGUGCCUCAUGACAGCACCCAAGGCAAAAUAAUUACCAUUCGUAACAUAAACAAAACUCAGUCUAAUGGCAGCGGCAAUGGGUCGGACAGUGAAAUGGACACAAGCUCCCUAGAACGUGGUCGAAAGGUUUCCAUUAUUAGUAAACCAGUGUUGUAUCGGACAAGAUGCACAAGACUUGGGAGAUUUGCCAGUUUCAGGACCAGUUUCAGUGUAGGGAGUGAUGAUGAACUGGGGCCUAUUAGGAAGAAAGAAGAAGACCAGACGUCCCAAGGAUAUAAGGGAGAUAAUGCUGUAAUUCCAUAUGAAACUACUGAUGAAGAUCCAAGGAAAAGGAAUAUCUUGCGUAGCUUAAGGAGGACAACCAAGAAACCAAAGCCUAAGCCUCGGCCAUCUAUCACGAAGACUACAUGGGAGAGCAACUAUUUUGGGGUGCCUUUGACCACUGUAGUGACACCAGAAAAACCCAUUCCAAUUUUUAUUGAGAGAUGUAUUGAGUACAUUGAAGCAACAGGGUUGAGUACUGAAGGUAUAUAUCGGGUGAGUGGAAACAAAUCUGAGAUGGAAAGUUUACAGCGGCAGUUUGAUCAAGAUCACAAUCUGGAUCUUGUAGAGAAGGACUUCACUGUGAAUGCUGUAGGCGGAGCCAUGAAGAGCUUCUUCUCAGAACUGCCUGACCCCCUGGUACCUUACAACAUGCAGAUUGAACUGGUGGAGGCUCACAAGAUCAAUGACAGAGAGCAGAAGUUGCACGCACUCAAAGAGGUGCUGAAGAAAUUUCCCAAGGAGAACUACGAGGUCUUCAAAUAUGUUAUCUCUCACUUGAACAAAGUGAGCCACAACAGCAGAACCAACCUGAUGACAAGCGAGAACCUCUCCAUUUGCUUCUGGCCCACCUUGAUGAGGCCUGACUUCAGCACCAUGGAUGCGCUCACCGCCACGCGCAUUUAUCAGACAAUCAUAGAACUCUUCAUCCAACAAUGCCCUUUCUUUUUCUACAAUCGACCCAUAAUUGAGCCCCCCGGUGCCACGCCCAGCUCUCCCUCUGCCCUUCCUGCCAGCAUGCCUUUCCUGUCCUCCACACCUGUGAUGGUCCAGCCAUCCCCUCCGCAGACUCCUCCUCCCUCACCACAGUCUCCUCUCCAGCCCCUUCUUCCACCCCAGCUUCAGGCUGAGCAGCACACACUGUGAACCUCGGCGCAGGAAGACAUAGAGGCCUGUUCUUACCUGCAGAACCGAGACUGGAGACUCAGCCCUGGAAUCUCUUGGCCCUCUCCCCCCCCCACCCCCCACGCUCUGUUGCAAACUUCAGCUGCGCUAAGCAGCGGCCUGGUAGGGCAGCGGCAAGUUGGCGCAUCGGACACAUGUGAAGCCUUGGUUCUGCCUCAGUGCCUGGCACAGAAGAGCCUGCUGGGUCAAGGAUGAUGUUGGACGUUCCUCUGAGCAGGAGAGUUCUGGACCUCUCUUUCAAUGCAGAAUCUGUUUGGUCAGAAUCAGUUCUGACCUAAGCAAACCUGUAGAACUCAUGUGAACACUGCCAAGUUUAGCUGGGCGGGGCUUAGACCAGUGACUUUGGAUGAGUGUUUGUGAAUCUCUCCUGUUCCUUCUCCUCUUUAGCCCAUGCAUGAACAGAGAGGACCUGCUAGAGUCUGACAGGAGAUGGGGCCUUUCCCCAAAAAACAUUCCACGAGCUACAGCCGAGGCUUGUCCUGCAGUGUUGGACAUCUCACCCAUUUUGGGGGACCAUAAUUUCAGCUUAGACCAAUUUGCACCAUCCCAGCAUAGCUGCUCAGAAGGUCUGGACCAACAUGUCUGAAAGAAAGGCUUUUUAUGUUUUGGCAAGGCUGGAGUGUACCUUUCUCUUGACUUUUUAAGUAACAGCCAAUCGUAAAGUGGGAAGUAAGUCCCCUUGAAACCAACAAAACAAGGAAUACUAGAAAACCGGAACAUUUCCACCAUCUGCUGGUUGGGUUGUUUUUAAUCUGUCAAAACAGUGUGGGACAAUGGCUCCUUUUUACUUGUGCGGAGAAUUUGUGCGCGGCAGAGGUUCCCUGGCAGGGUCGGGCAGGGGCAGCCCAGGUUUGGUCUGGCUGGUUCUGCUGUCUUCAUUUGACAAAUCAUGACAUAUCUCUCACCACCUUCCCUCCCCGUCUCCCCAGCAGAACGUUGGUGUUAGCACUUAACAGAGGGGAGGAGAGAAUACGUGUGCAUUUUGCAAACACAGACAAUGUUUUGCUGUCUGACUUGGGGUUAGCUUCAUUUGGAACACUUACGCUUACAGAAACACUAUUGUUAAUCUGUGUGUGUGUGUGUGUGUGUGUGUGUGUGUGGGCAUGGGAUUGGAAGCACGUAUGGCUAGAAUCAUGGCUUUUUAAAAGACGUUGCCAGUGGAAAUACGUUUAAGCAUAAAACAUGAUGCAGGAAAGAUAUUGAGAGAAGUGCAAGACUAGAAUUCCCUUUCCUUCCCCCCCCCCCCCCCGCUAAAAGAAAAAAGCAGUUGGAAGAGGUGAACCAGGAGAAAAGCACCACUGGAGCGGCUUUGGAAGCCCCCAGUCGCCAUGUCACUGUGGUCGCCUAGAAUGGAUGAGUGAAUUUUGGUUUUGGAGACUCAGAACCCAGUUGGAAAUACCUGUUCAAGACACACACACACACGCUCACGCUCAUUAAGGCCUUGUUUCCUUCUAUUUCUACCCAGAUGCUGGGUACCGGGGCCGCCCCCGUAUCUCGCCUCUCCUUGGGUUGUUCAGUGCAUGUGUUUCUGCUGCUCACUGCCAAGGUGAAGGUGGCUUAAGGAGUGGCUGCAUGUCGUGGUGGGGGAAGGAUGGGGACCAACAUAGCUGGCAGGUUCUUAAAGCCUUUGGGCAAAACGUGAACUGCAAGGAAAUGAGGCGUGUGUCACAAGCGCAAUGCAUAGACCUUUACACGCGGAGCUGCUUAAGCUCGCCUCCCAGCCUGCUUUCAUGCUGUGUGUGUACACAUGCAGGUGUAUAUGCCCUGGCUCCACUGUUUGGUGCUCCCUUGCACAGUGCACUUGUCCCUUGGCCUUUACCCACACUUGAAGCCACUGUAUGUCCCUAUCGCCCUUAUACCCUGUAGUCUUUCUCCCCUUUUCUUCCCCUAGCUGCGGGUGAGUGUUGCAGCACACCCGGCUUCUCUAUUACUUGACCUGUGUUUGUUUCUUUGCACCUUGUGUGGGGUUCUGGAAGAGCUAGAAGUGAACCACUAAAGAUCAGCAGUUGAUCAUUCCUGGGCAGGCACCAUUUAAGUGAGUGAUGGUUGUAUAUAAGCAGUGCCUGGUAAACUGUCCUGUGUGUGUGAGUGUGAGUGUGAGGGAGGGUGGGUGGGUGGGUGGGAUGGAGUAUGCUUGUUUUCAUUGACAGGGCAGUUUUAACUGGAGUUUCCACGGUACCACUGGUAGGACACCUGGGAGCAAUCCCUAGGCCAUCCUUUCUGUCUCUUCGCACUUUAAAACAGAUCCUGUCAUUUAUGGCUAUUUUUAGCAUUUCAAGGAUGUGUGUGUGUUUAAAUUCAAGGGGCAGGGGAGAAACCCCAAUCCUUUCCAAAAUAAAACUCCUCCUUCGAUCUGUUCCUUUCUGGCAUACAGAGCCCAGUCUUCAGCAAACUGACUCUCUUCUAUAAAUAAGCUGAAUUAUCUACUCCUUAUUUUAGAACCACAUUUAAAGUUGUAUCUGUGUCAGGAUUGUGUGCUUGAAAGCAUCCCUUGCAAGCAUUCCUCCCAAGUUUUUAUAUUCUCAUGCGUUAAAAGAUGAAGCUUUUGUGUAAAUAAUGGAAACUUUGAGGGGUUUGUUUUAGACUGUUAAAAGGAAAGCAGAAUAUCCCACCUCCCUUUAAUUAUGCAUGUAUAACACUAAAGAAAAGGGGGGGAGCCCACAGGGAAGAGGAUGAUAAGGGGGCUGGAAAAGUUCCCCUCUGAACUUCCACCUAACAAAGAUGAGGGUCACUUCAUCUAUAUGUAGUUGUGGCUGGUGACCAUUGGUGGGUUUUUGCCACAAAUAACAUAGGCUGAGAGUCUUGUUUUCCACCUGGGACAGGUGACUUCUGUUGUGUAUGCAAGGCCUGUUUCUGUGCCUUCUCUAAGGGUCUGAUGCUAAACAUCUCCCUCUAAAAGGCCUCUUACACCUGUUUGGACUUAGAACAGUCGACCUUGCUAGUCUAUAUCUUGGAAAUGUUUAAUCAAUGUGGAGCACCUUUUCAAUUUGACUGUUUUCUGCUGCACCUUUUGCAUCUUCCUCCACAACCUAAUUAUUGCCUGCUUAUGGGCAUUCAAACAGGGCAUUUGAUGCAGAUUUCUUUCCAGUUGCUACUAUGUUGUGGGGAUACUGCCCCCCCCCCCCAUCCCACUGCUUUGAGUACAAAGCUUGGGGGUGGGGUGGGGCAGGGAGCAUAGCUGCAUGCUGGUUGGUUCUCUUCAGUUGCCAAUCUGUGGCCUUGUGAUUCUGUCCUCGGUUGCUGUGCUUGAAGGGGGAAGGUGCACCGUAGGAUGAGUUUUAAUUCUACCUGAUCCUUCCUAGUUUUCUAGAUGCAGUGUACUGAGGAAGUCUGUUCUGUGCAUAGAACAAAGAAAAUGUACCUUGUGUAUUCUUCAGAAUAUCAUGGUGGUCCUAUAGGAUUUACUCUUCCAAAUUCCACUUGGGACUCCUGUAAUUUUACAAAUCUGAUGGAGAAGUAAAGUUGGUAAUCCAGCCCAGCAGAAGUGGCGUUCAGUGGAGAACCAAGAGGCCUUUUCUUUUAAUUCUCUAUAAAUAAAAGUCCUUGGGAAGGAACAGACUUCCCCAUCUCUGUACCUACCUACCUGAAUUACACUCUGGGGCUAUUUGCAUUUAAUGGCAGCGAAUCAUGGGUUAAUUAAUCCAAGUUUUGCUACAGUGCAUGCUGGACACAUUCCACAGCCUCUUUGGAUAUUCAACCCGUGAUCUAGCCAAUCGGGUUACUACAUGACAUCCAAACCCAGAUACUCUAGGUUAAUCAUGGGUUAAACAACCCACAGUUAACCUAACUACUAAUUGUAGGCUAGUGUAUGGGUUUGGAUGUAGCAACCCCUAUUGGUGGUUAAAUAUUUAAGAUGGCUGUGGCACGCACCUAGCAGUAAAUCAUGGGUUGUUUAACCCAUGAUUUGCCACUGUUACAUGCGAACCAGAUCAGAACCAUUCCUUCUUUUGAGAUGAGUGACUCUGUUACCCACUUACUGGGCUCAAUGUCCUCUCUCUGUGGGGAAAAUAAAUUAAACUGCCUAAUUUCUCUUUGGUUACCGGGGCUCUUUUGAUACUAGUUAUGCUUGCUAAAGAAUUUGAUACUCUAGCACUCCACACACACACACCCCACACACCCUAAGCAGCAGUAUCCCUUUGCACCCACACCGGUGCCCCACUUCAAUGUCUGCACCAACUUCAUAUCACUUGUGUGCAGCGCAAAUAGUCCUGGCUUUUCCACUGCCGAAGUGGGCGGUUGGACAAUUGGAUGUCAUAGGCUGGGGGGGCUCAUAAAGGCAUCUGCUCCAGCCUGGCUAAACCCUGGCUUCCUCUGACCACAUUCUCCUGGAGGCUGCAAAAUGCUGCCCCUCCCAUUGGCCAAAUGUCGCCUUUUGCACCGCUGCAAGUGGCAGGAUCCUUGUAUUUAUUGCACAGUUUGGAGAGUUUCUCUCAAGGGUUUUCACGGACGCCCACAGGGACCUGCCUCGGUAGUCCAGAGCAUUGGUGCUCAAGGUUAUCCCGCUGCAUCGUUGUUUUUCGUUUUUCCUUUGAGAGAAUGGCUGGGCUUUGUUAUUUUGCAAUGGCUUUAAAUGGAAGGCACAGCAAAUUUGUAUGACUGACUGUUGUUUUUAAAAUAUACUAAACCGAUUUGCUUCUGUGGUUGAACAUGACAAACAUUUCAAGGUAGCAACUUAUUCCUUAGCAGCAUCACAAUUUAUCAGCUAACUUACACAUGUGAUUUUUUUUUUUUUUUUAAAGUUCUCUAAAAGGAAAGUUCUUAAUUGCUUGUCUGGAUCAUUUGUCCUUAACUUUGGUGAUUCAGCAGCAGCUGUUCAAAGUCUGACUUUGCAUUUUUUGUUCAUCUGGUUUUUGUUUCUCCUUGUCUGUUUGUCGCCUAGCCAGUGGGAAGUGCUUUGGUCCGUAGGUGAAGCAGUGACCACCAGCCACCCGUAAGGCAACCUUCCCCACUCGGAUGCUCUCCAGGUACGUUGGACUUCAACUGGCUGGCUGGGAGAUUGCUGGGAGUGGUAACACAUCUGGAGGGCAUCAGGUUGGGGAAAUCUGCCAUAAGGUAUGUCAUUCUGUCUGUCUAAACUGCAGCUCCAGUUAGUCUUCUGUAGAGGUUCGAAUGGGGGUGGGGGCAUUUCCCCCCCACUGCCUGUGUAAUAGGUCCUAGUUUAACUGUUAGGUUUAACCCCCUAUUUUGUUGUUAAAUUGAAAUACAAUAGCAAUAUUGUAUUUUAAAUGUAGUUUAAGGCAGGGCAUAAGUUAUUGUUUAAAUAAAAAAAACCCUUAAUUUUCCUCCCUGUGUACAUUUAAAAAUAAGCCCCAUCUGUUUCUCAAAUUGUAUGGGAAUAAAACUUAUCCUAAAAUGUUGGAUUUAGUUCUGCUCUCAGUUUAUUCCCACCCACCCCCACCCCGGUACUCGUAUUUUCACAUGUAAAAAAAUCUCUAUAUAUGUUGAAUUAACAAUUUUUUUUUAUUGAAGAGGAAGAAAUAUUAAUGGUCAUAAAAAUGUGUUAGUAGUUCCAGCUAAGUAUGUGCCCAGAACACUCUUCACAGAAACAAACAAAAAAUUGAAAAGAACUGUAUGUAAAGAAAAAUAUAAUGGUUAUUUCUCUGUAUUUUAGGAGCCUAACAACAUCCUUUAGUUAUUGGUGAUAGAAUAUCUUUCCUUUUUAUGCUUCUUUUAAGGACAUUUUUAACAAUUUGUGGUUCUUUCCCUCUCCCCCCCCCCCCCCCCCC